CGCCUCUACGCGUCAAAACAGCCGAUAACUUACAAUAAUUACAAGGGUGUUCUGGGAGAGAGCGCGGCGGCGCGCGGAGCCGCGGGUUCACUGUGGUGACCGGACUGAGGUGACGUGCAGAAGCGGAGCCGCUCCUCCACAGAAAGAGUCUGGCUGGAGCUGUCAGAACCACGCCUAUAGGGGCCCACAAUUGGUCCAGAAAGCGUAAAAUCAGCAAUCAAAGGGGCUUGGUUCAUUAGUGCUGGGGAUGGAGGCAGGAAGGACAUGUGAGAUAGUCACAGAUCUGCAGUGAACGGGGCCACAUCUCUCCAGUCAGUGUGGGAUGACUGAAGCAGAGAAACUGCUGAUUUGUGUAAGAGGCACGCAGCGCAGCCGGACUCUCCCGCCACCGCGCCGCUUCCACUGAAGGAGUCCGCGGAGGAACCGACGGAGAAACACACCGACAACAACUCCGGGCUGUUUUCUUCACCCUGACUCCGCCGCGCGGCGCUCCCUCUCGUGCGGCUUUACACAUUUAAAGUGCUCGCGAGGCGCGGACCUAACACUGGCUUCAAGGUUGGGGAGGGAAAUACCACUAAAAAUAUCCAUUAUUUUCACUUGGUUUUUGUGGAUGCACCGAUGAGAGAUCCAGUUUUUACAGGGACUGCAAUGGCUUAUCACCCUUUCCACGCACACCGGCCGACCGACUUCCCCAUGUCCGCCUUCCUAGCGGCCGCGCAGCCGUCCUUCUUCCCGGCGCUCAGCCUGCCUCCCGGGGCGCUCACCAAGCCCAUCCCGGAUCACAGCCUGGCCGGGGCGGCGGAGGCUGGGCUCCACCCGGCCCUCAGCCACCAUCAGGCGGCUCAUCUCCGCAGCAUGAAAAGCCUGGAGCCCGAGGAGGAGGUGGACGACGACCCCAAAGUUACACUGGAAGCCAAGGAUCUUUGGGACCAGUUUCAUAAACUCGGGACGGAGAUGGUUAUUACCAAGUCCGGAAGGAGGAUGUUCCCUCCGUUCAAAGUGCGAAUAAACGGCCUGGACAAAAAGGCCAAAUACAUCCUGCUGAUGGACAUCGUGGCGGCGGACGACUGCCGCUACAAGUUCCACAACUCCCGCUGGAUGGUGGCGGGCAAGGCCGACCCGGAGAUGCCCAAGAGGAUGUAUAUCCACCCGGACAGCCCGGCCACCGGCGAGCAGUGGAUGGCCAAGCCUGUUGCUUUCCAUAAACUCAAGUUGACCAACAACAUCUCAGACAAACACGGAUUUACCAUCCUGAACUCCAUGCACAAGUACCAGCCCCGGUUCCACAUAGUGCGGGCCAACGACAUCCUGAAGCUGCCGUACAGCACCUUCCGGACCUACGUGUUCCCGGAGACCGAGUUCGUGGCCGUGACGGCGUAUCAGAACGACAAGAUCACGCAGCUGAAGAUCGACAACAACCCUUUCGCAAAAGGAUUCAGAGACACGGGGAACGGAAGGCGGGAGAAAAGGAAGCAGCUGACCAUGCCGUCGCUGCGGAUGUACGAGGACCAGUGCAAGGCGGACCGGGAGGGCGCGGACUCGGACGCCUCUUCCAGUGAGGCUCCGACGGGCAGGGACGCCGUCCACUCCCCGCUGGGAGCCGGUACCAGCCCGCUGAGGUUCAGCAGACCCAGCCGAGAUGAGAAAACGUGCACUGACAGCGAGCAGGAGCUGGAGCAUCAGGACGAGCACUGCACCGCCUCCAACAGCCCCGGACCUGAACCCGUGUCCCCCUACAGCUCCAGGUGCGAGGACCGCGUGCGCGACAGGCCCGGCGCCGAGAAGAAGGACGAGUCCAUUUUCAGUAUGAGGAACCUAGAGAAGGACAAGGCGGAGAGCCGGCACAGGAAGGACACCACGGACGCACUGACAAAGGACUCGGAGGCCGGGGGCAUCAGUGCCAGUAAGGACGCGUUCUCCCCCCUCAUGGUCCAGACUGAGAGCCCCUCGCACUUCAGCCCGGGACACUUACAAAGCCUGGCUCUGUCCGGUCUGCACAGUCAGCAGUUCUUUAACCCCCUGAACACCGGAUCGCCGCUGUUGUUUCAUCCCGGGCAGUUUGCCAUGGCCCCCGGAGCCUUUUCCGCCAUGGGCAUGGGGCAUCUUUUGGCCUCUGUAUCGGGGGCGAGCGGCUUGGAAAACGGCAGCCUCGCCACCCAGGGCACGGGAGGAACCCCCAACCCCUUCCCCUUCCAUCUGUCCCAGCACAUGCUCGCCUCUCAGGGCAUCCCCAUGCCUCCGUUCGGGGGCCUCUUCCCGUACCCGUACACCUACAUGGCGGCGGCUGCGGCGGCGGCCUCAGCUUCAGCCCUCCCCACCACCAGCACCUCCAGCCCCCUCUCCAGGAAUCCCUUCCUGGGCUCGUCCCGGCCUCGGCUCCGCUUCAACCCCUACCAGCUGCCGGUGUCGCUGCCCCAGAGCUCCAGCCUGCUCACCACCACCACCACCGGUCUGCCCGGCGGCCUCAACCCCGGCUCCGAGUCCUCCAAGCCGGGCAGCAGAGAGGCCAGCCCGGCCCCGGAGCACCACAGCAACCACAAGACAGGAGGCUCGAGUGGGAGGGUCGCCUCCCCCAAAGCCUCCGUCAAGGACUCGGUGAACGAGCUGCAGAGCAUCCAGAGACUGGUGAGCGGCCUGGAGGGCCAGAGGGAGCCCUCCCCGGCCGCAGACUCCCCCAAGUGAUGAAGACUCUGUCGGGGAAGAAGUCUUGGCUUGAACACCAGAGGACUAUACGUGCAUCUGUCCUGUACAGCACAUUACAGAGUGGGAUGAGGGUCUGACCGAUGAGGGCUGUUGAAGGCUGAUAACUGAUUUUUUUGUUUUGGAACAAAAGCUGCAGAUUGAGUGAAAUUUAGUCCAUAUCAUUAAAUUUAACCUUUUUUAAAAUUCACAAGUAUUUAAGGUUUCCUGUCCGAGAGAGAGAGAGAGAGAGAGAGAGAGAGAGGGGGAGAGGAAGCCUGUCAGACAACACACCAGAACUCUUCCUUGAGUCCCAGUGUCGGAGUCAGCAGCUCUUUUUACUACAUCCAUGGAUUCACAAUCAAUUGAUAAAAAAAAAACUAUAAAUUAAAUCUGCAAAGAAUAAAAAAAAACAAAAACAAUAAAACACUAAAUAAUCAUUAAAAAAUAUUAUUUAAACAAAACUCUUAAGUUCAAGGAAGUGUCCGAGAGACUAACACUGAUCAUUUCCACAAACUCUUGUCACAUCCAUGAUCUCAGAGGCGGACCACAGAGGCCAGUAUCGGGCCCCAGAUAUCGGUCUAACCUGCCUGAGUUCCUGCAGCUCCACAGACUGAGCGGCGCAGAGAGAGAGAGAGAGAGAGAGAGAGAGAGAGAGAGACACAGAGAGACACACAGAGAGAGAGAGAGAGUGAUGACUUGAAGCAUCUGAGGAUCCAGGCCUGAUCCCUGAUCUCUGCUCCCCGGAGCAGGAGCCUCCUCACGCCGCCGACAGGCAGGUCUCAAGCUGCGUCCAAAAACUUUUGUUUUUGUUUUUGUUUUGUUGUUGUUGUUGUUGUUUCCGGGCCUGAUGAUUUCAAAAGGGACGGAAGCUGAACGUUCCGUCUGCAAGAGAAAGAACCGCUCAUCAUUUCAUGCCAGAAAAAAUGUUUCUGAAAUAUUUAUGUAAUUAAAAAUAAAAACAAUCUGUAAAUAAAGCUAAGAUCCAAGAAUA